AUGAUUGGUGGAUCUAAGAAUGAUGUAGCUGCUCGGGCCGGUUCAGAACCUGCGCCAGAUGCAGACAAGCCGGUUGCAGGAGGCCCCGAGAGGAAGCCCCGAGUAACUGGAGACGCCAGCUCGCCUGGCACUUCUUCUCGCGGUGGACCGAAAUUGGGAUCGAGGUGUCCGGAGUGCUCAAGAGUCAACAGUGGCAAAUGGUACCGUCAUCGGACGCGCGAAGGGGAGUACACCUGCGACGGUUGCUAUCGAUUUUUUAGAACUAAUAAGCACUACAAGUCUAAAACAACCGCCGGCGAUGCAGCGGCAGCAGCGGGACGGGAGUCACCAAGUGGCACAGUAGCUGGGGCAGCUGCAGGGUCUGAGCCGGCAGCCAAGGGCUCCAAGCAGCCAGCAACGGCAGCAACGCCGGGCACCCAGCACCCAGCUGGGCCGCCGGGCGGGGACCAAGGAAUCGCCAGCCAAAAAGCUGCCGGCGCCUCGACGGCCGCAGAAACGAGCGCCACGGCGGCCGCCGAUAAGCCUUCUGCAGCUGGAGGGGCCGCCAAGCGGAAACAGCCGCCCGAGCAGAGCGCAGGACCGCGACAAAAGCGCGCCAAGCGUGAUAACGACCCCAAAGACCAGGCAGUGGCAGCGGAUGGCGCCAAGAAGCGCCCGGCGGAGGAUGAAGCCAACAGGGGGCGUUCACAGCCGCCGGAUGGCCAAGCUGCCGGUAGGCCAUCACAGGGCCCCCGCAAGGUGCAAGGCGCAAAGCGGGCAGCACAUCGCGACGCGGCGCCAAAGACGUCUCCAACAUCUGAUGCCGGCAGCAGUCCGGUUGAGGCACCCGAAGACGCUGCUGCUGCUGCUACUCCUACUGAGGGCGGCAGUAACGGUCGGGAGAAAGGCUCCGCAGAGCCCGACGCGGCUGCUGGGCCAGCUGCCAAAGCAGGGGGCGCAUCAGCUGCUGCCGCCGCUGCGGUCGACGGAAACCCGGCGCGGCGGCGGGCCGCCGCGCUGGCUGCCUCUCGUGGCAUUGCCGUGUGUUCCACACGGAGUAGCCUACGGCCUAAAGGUGGUGGCGGUGGCGAAGCUGGCGGCGGCUGUGAAGUACCAGCGGGGCAGGACGGCACGGCUGCCGCCGCCGAGGGGGAGGGUGCAAACACGCUCCAAGCUGAGGGCGACGGCGGGAGUGGGACCGACAAAGGUGGUAAAGCACAAGCCAAUGGUGAAGGAGGUGGCGGGUCUGGCGGAGGCGAGGAGCGAGGCGCUGGUGGAGGAAGCGGCAAAGCACAAGGCGGCGGCGGCGGCGGUGGCAAAGGCGGAUCUAGCGGGACCAAGGCGCCUGUAGGCUCUUUCGGUGGCGCUGCCGCGAUGGCAGUGGCCCGCCGGCCCGUCUUCCUUCGCAACGCCGGCGAGCUCAAAUGCGCACAUUGUGGCUCCUGUCAGACACGUCGCUGGUGCAAGCAUCGCCUGCUGAAGGACGGUCAGAGCAUAACGUGCGAGCGCUGCGACGAUUACUACAGGCGUCACGGUAAGUACUCGAAAAACGUGGCGAGGAAAGACGUACCAGAUGCGCAACGGAAGGCCGCCGCCGCGGCAGCUGGGGUGGCCGGCGGCGCAGCUGCACAGGCAGAAGAAGAGGUGGCGGAGGCUGGCGUGUUGCUGCCGGCGGCUGGGAAGGGGACGGCGGCUGUUGGGCCCGCUGAUGCAGGCGGUGAUGGUGAGCUAGUUGCGAAUGGAGAGGGAGAAGAGGCGUCCAAGCCAAGUGAACGGAAGGCAAAGAGGGAGCGGGAGGUUAUGGAGAAGUUGGUGGAUGGAGGAGCUGUCCAGGCAGAAGCCAAGGCAGCGGCGAUGGAGGAGGAACCUGCAACGUUGGGAGCGGCGACGUCUCCAGCUGUAGAGGGAGGACUGUUAGCCGCCGAGGCGGCGCCCCAAAGAGUGGUGACUGAGGCGCCAGCUGCGGCAGCGGAGAGGAAGCGGGAGGAGAGCGAUGCUGUUGAGGAGAAGGUGACAGCAACAGCAGCGGGCCCUAUGGCGGCGGAACAGGUCCAGGAGGAGGAGAAAGAGGUUGCCGGAACCGCACCGGCAUGGGCGGCAACAGCAGCCGCACAGCCGAUGGACGUUAAGGAGAAGACUGAAGAGGGAGGGAAGGCAGAAGUGGAGGACGCGCCCGCAGCGGCAGCUGCAGCGGCAGAGGACGCGGAGAGGGCAGCGGCGGCGGCGGCAUCACGGUCCGAGGCGGCGGAUAUGGACAUGGAGGUAGCGGAAGGGGAGGAGAAGAAGGAGGGGAAGAAGGAAGAGGAUGAGGAGGAGAGGGGGGCCACCCCAACAGCGGAGGAUCAUGCCACGGGCUCGGCAGAUGCUGCGCCGGUGACAAGGGAGGAGGGGCCAGCGGAAGCGCUCGCCGCGGCUGCAGCGGUUGAGUCAGCUGAGCCCAACGGGCCAGAUGAUCGAGCAGCUACGGGACCGUUACCUGCACCAGAGGCACCAGAAGCCCAGACAAUCAACGUCAGCGAUAACGAGCCGUCAGCGGUGGAGGAGCCGCAGAUGGUGUCAGAGGCGCUGCCUUUGGUAGAGGCCGCGCCGGCGGCGGCGGCGGUAGUACAGAAACCCGCGAAUGAGCCCGCCAAUGCGCCACAGCCUGAGCCCGCAGUCGCGGAGGGCGAGGCGCAGAAAGAUGUCGCUGCAGAGGACCAAGCGCUUGCAGCAUCUGCAGCAUCUGUUGCUGAUGCAUAUGUUGUUGAUGUCGAGCAGCGGGCCAGCACGCCGCCGCCGGCAGCGCAAGGGGAAGGCACGGCGGCGCUGACUGAAGCGCCAACGGAGGCGGCGGAGGCGCCUGAAUCGGCGGCGGAGGCGGAUGCUGGCCAGCAGGUUAAAGAAAUUGAGUUGGCGGCGGAGAAUGGUCCAGAUAUGUCGGUUGCGCCGGUGGGAGGACGAUCUGCGGCGGACGUGGGGGCCCCCACGAGGACGGGUAAGGAGGAAGGUGCGCAGCACGAGGAGGAGGAUAAAGCGCCUGGCCACGAGAAUGCAGCGGCGGAGGCGCAGUUGCAAGCAGCUGUUGCCAUGGAGGUAGCGCAGGCCAGCGCCGCGGAUGAGGCAACCGAAGUUAAUGCCGCCAUCGGAACCGCCGAGGCGGGUGCCGCCGAUGCAGGGGCCGGGGCCGCCGCACCCGCUGACGGUCCUGCAGAGCCACUGCACCCGGCUAACGGGCCACAGCCUGAGGGGAUGACGUGCGGUGAUGGAGACGCGGGGGAACCGCCGGUGGCUGUCGCAGAGGCGUCUGGGGUCAGUGUUGCAGCCCCCGGCCCCGUAUUUCCUCCUGAUGCCGAAGCUGCCGCGGGUCCGGCGGAACCGGUGGAAGUCGCUGCCGUACGGCCCGCAGCUGUGGUAGCUGUUACCGGUGCUCCGCCCGACCCCGCGACCCCUCUUGUGCUGCCGCCGCCGCCCGCGGUCGCUCCCUGCGGCGCUGCGUCGGUCUCAGGUGUGCUGGACAGCGGAGCCGCUGAGGGUGUGCCGCCAUGUGCUGACGCCGCCGGCAAACCGCCGCAGCUUGGGGUAAAGGGCAGGUUGGCGCCGUCACCAGGGCGGCGAGCUGGGGCAAGCUCCGGGCCAACGCCGAUGCGGCGGCCGAGGAGGACGACCAGUAGUGCGGCCGCCGCCGAGUCGACGGCAGCGGCCGCCGCCGCCGCCGCUGCGGUUGUCGACGCUGGACAGCCGCCGCCGAGCAAGCGCCAGCGGGUGGCGGCGUCAGCACCUGGGGAGGAACAAGAUGGAGGCAGUAGCAGUGCCGCCGCCGCUGCCGCUGCCGGUCUUACCGGGCGUUCCACGCAGUCUGUGGCAGCGGCGACGCCGAUCCUGGCAAAGGAGUUGCAGCGCGGUGGCGAUACUGGCUCGCCCUUCUCGGUAGUCCGCCGCUCUGGGCCCGUCCCGCUGGCUACGGCCGAUGGUGACGCGGCAGGACCUCUGCCGGGGACGGACGGCGCCAACGGCAGCGCCUACCUGGCGGCCGGCAGCCAGCUGGGGCUUGCAGCGGACUCGCUAGCCGUACUGCAGUCUUAUGUGCAGAAGUUCGGCGACGCGUUGGCGCGCGCGUGCAAGGCGCUGGUGGAGCUCGAAGACCAGCACGGUAUUCGCCUCCUGGACGUCCCGGCCCCAGCGCCGCCCGCGGCGGUCUCUGGCGUCAUCGCCACAGCUGCUGCUGCUGCUGCUGGCAAGGACGGCAACCCUGUUACGCUGCCGCUGUCGCCGCCAGCUCGUUCCUCGCUGCGGGUCUUUUACGAACGGGUUUGCGGCAGCGACGUCAAGCUGCGGUCCCGGCACCUGGCGGACGCGGUGAUACGGUGGCUUGAGCUGCUGGGUCCCACCGCCUUGGAUACGCCAGGCCGAGGGCCGGGCCCUCCCUCAGCCCCGGCUCCGUCCCUGAGCAGUCGACCGCGUGAGGGGGGCCCCCGGGAGAGCAAUAAGACCAAUAAGCAGGGUGGGAGUGCUGGCAUCGAUCUUGGGCCUGUGCGUGUUUCUAUGUUUGUAUGUCUGUGCUCUCUGUUGGACAAUAUGUUCAUUUGUGUUCACGUGCCAAGAGCGGAAGUCGCUGCAUCGGGCGGCGCCUCCAGGAGGGAACCACGCGGCGGUAUCAACACCAACAAAAGCAGCUUCGCCGCCGACGGCAAGACUGUCUUGCCGCCCCAGCCGGCCCCACCAUCAUCAUCCUCGGGUGAGCCGCGCCCCGCGGCCGUCGACCGCUUUCGCAAAGUGGCGGCAAGCCUCGCGCUCAACAUGGCCCAGAAUUUGCUGGGCCUCAUACCGCCCGCACCACCACUGCCACCGCCUCAUCAGCCACGUGGGGCUCAGGAGGCUUCGUUGGCUACGUCAUUACCGCUUGGAGGUGCAGACAUACCUACUGCCGUUGCUACGGCGACUGCGGUGGCUGCGGAGGUUGUUCGAACUGCGGCGGCGGCGGCGGCGGCCUUUCCUGAUGGCGGCUCUGCAGCGGCAGCUGCCGCGGCGGCGAUGCCGCACCUGGAAAGCCUAGCUGCGGCUGCGUUGCAUCUGGCGCAUCGAGUGGGGCUCGCGGCGCAGGGCCAUCUGGUGCUGCGGCUGGCGGGGCCGGGAGACCCCAUCUCGGGAGCUCCGGAACCAGGACACGGCCCGGGACAAGGCGCCACAGCAGCGGCGGCGGCAGCGCUCUCCGCCUCCUCCCCUCCUAUUUGGCGGGAUGGCUGCCCGGCCGUAACGCCCGUGGAGUGGGUACGCUGUGGGGGAGUGGCGACCGCGAGUUAUGCAGGCGACGGCGACGGGGGUGGGGAUGGGGAUGGGGAUGGGGAUGCUCAUGGUAGCGGCGCGCGACAUCUGCGGCUUGCGCAACUGCUGCGGAGUCUAUACGACGGCGGCGCGCAGCUCUGGCGGGAUAGCGAUGUGGCGCUCAGCUGGGCUGCUGAGCCGUCCACAGCCGUCCCCUUGGUGGGCUCCACCGCUGCUAUGUCCACUGGCGGAAGCAGCAGCAGUGGUGUCGACGGCGGCGGCGGCACUGCGGCGGUUUUAUGGGUGAUAUCACCAGGCAUCGCCCGGAGAGAGCUCCGUACGCUGUCCGGAGUCGAGGCGGUUGCGCCGCCACCAGCCGGCGGCCCGAUAACGUCUGUUGCCUCCGAGUGCUUUCAGCCGAGUGCUGCUCCCGAGCCACAGCCAAGCGCUGCCGACGCAUCAAUACCGCACCUGAACAGGACCGCCGGCACAGGCGCGGCGCCGCCGUCGCUAGCGCGUCCGCUGGGAGAUGAUUGCCAGUGUGAUGACCGUGGCCCGUUGGAGGUUGCGGCUGCUGCGGAGGCGGCGGAUGCCGUGUGCGCAGCUGUGGCAGUGGCACUUGCACGCGGCGACCACGAGGCGCUGUUGAGCGCGACGGAGGCGGCGGCAGCUGUCGUUUUGCAGCUGGUGCGGGUAAUGUCCAAGGACAGUAGCGGGGGCGGCGUUGUUGACGGAGGUGGCCGGUGUCUGGGGUCAUUCGAGCCGGAACCGCCGGCGGAGGCGGCGGUGUUGCUGUUGGAUGCUCAAUUACAGUUACCUCCAGACGACGCAACUUUGCCGGCAACGGCGACGGCGGAGGUGCUUGUAGAUGGCGGCGGCGGGGAAGGAGGCGGCGGCGGCGGCGGCAUGUUCGCCAGGUCCAUGCCUGUUGGCUGCUGCGGCCCCUGUUUGUCGCGCUUCUGCGGUUCUUUUUCAUCUUGA